CCCCGCAAGACGCUCACUAAUCAUUCACACGAAGACACUGAUUUUACAAGAUGGCCGAUACCCGAAGAGGUCAACUUCACCAUGUUACUUCACUGGAUGAUGUGAUUUCUGACACCAGAGCUAAAACAGAGAAAUAUUCCUCCCUUCGAACAUCGAUUCGUUUUCACCUUGAAUACAACACCACUCCUCUGUCAAUGAUAUUUGCUUUAUUCGAGGACGAAGGCGUUCCUGUUUUAGAAGUGGACAAAUCAUCAGAAACCCACCAGGUUACAAUAAACGUAGAACUCGAAAAGUUGGAAACGAUUCUCACGAAGUUGAAGUUAUUUCCUGGGAUCAGUCAAAUUACAAAAGAGAACACGAAAGAAAAUGGUAUCUGGUUCCCUAAAUGUCUGGCUGACCUUGAUGGAUGCGCAAAGAAUGUCUUGAUGUAUGGAGCUGAACUUGAUGCAGAUCACCCGGGUUUUAAGGACGAGGUAUAUCGUAAACGACGUGAUUACUUCACAAAGUUAGCUAUGGACUUUCGACAUGGAGAUAAAAUACCAAGGGUCGAAUACACGAAGAUCGAAAUAGAGACUUGGGGAAAGGUUUACAAAGAACUUAUGGAACUUCACCCAACUCGCGCAUGCGCACAACAUUUAAAGAAUCUACCAUUACUAUCGGAGUUCUGCAAAUGUUCCGAAGACAACGUACCACAGCUUGAAGAUAUUUCCGCCUUCCUACAAAGUAGAACAGGAUUUCGUAUUCGUCCAGCCGCUGGAUUUCUUAGCCCUCGUGACUUUUUAGCUGGGUUGGCCUUUCGUGUGUUUAACUGCACUCAAUAUAUCAGACACCACAGCGAUCCAUACUACACCCCAGAACCUGACAUAUGUCACGAAAUACUUGGCCAUGUACCGUUGUUGGCUGAUCCAGAGUUUGCUCAGUUCAGUCAAGAGAUUGGACUUGCUUCGCUGGGAGUUUCAGACCAAGAUAUUUCAAAACUUGCAGGGUGCUACUUAUACACGGUUGAGUUUGGCCUUUGCAAAGAACAGGAUGGUAUAAAAGCUUACGGAGCCGGUUUGCUUUCAUCUAUAUCUGAACUCAAGCACGCACUCAGUUCACCAGAGAAAGUUCGCGCAUUCGACGCAGUUACAGCAAGUUGCCAAGAGUCGCAUGUAACAGCAUUCCAACCUGUCUACUUUCUCUCACCGAGUUUUUCGCAAGCAAAACAUGAAAUGAGGGCGUUUGCUGCUACCUUGGAACGACCUUUUGUUUUAUCUUUUGACGAAGAGACGAGUUCUGUUAAAGUUUUUGACAAGCUCAGUUCCAUCCAAUCAGCGGUCAGUAAAAUGUCACAUGACCUGGUUGUAAUUUCCAAAGCACUUGGUGAAAUGGAGAAACGAAAGAUUGAAGUUUGCUGA